AUGAUGAAAGCUGUACUUGCUGGUCACGCAUCUCAAUUACACAUUGGUGAAUCAUCAAAACCCGAUCCAAACGACUAUGAUGUAUUAGUAAAAGUAAUUAUAAUUAGUAUGUACCCUGUACCAAAAGGUGUAAGCCAGAUUCUUGGUCUUGAAAUUUCUGGAACUGUUGAAAAUGUUGGUAAAAAAGUCACAAAAUAUAAGUUUGGUGAUAAAGUAUUUGGAUUAUUGUAUGGAGGUGCAUACGCCGAGUAUGCACUUAUAAAUGAAGACAUGGUAAUGUUAUUACCAGAUCAAUUAACUUUUCAACAAGGUGCUGCAAUACCUGAAGUAUGGUUUACUGCUUAUCAGGCCUUACAUUUGAUUGCCAACAUUCAAGAAGGUCAUAAUCUUUUAAUUCAUGCUGGUGCAAGUGGUGUUGGAUUAGCACUUGUAGAAUUAUCAAAAUUGGCUAAAGCUCGUAAUAUUUUCGCUACUGUUGGAUCAGAUGUUAAAGUAAAAUUUAUUGAGAAAUUAGGGGUAACCAAAGGAAUUAAUUACAAAGUUGAAGAUUUUAAAGAAACGGCAAAUAUUAUCAUUGAUCUUGUGGGUAAAGAUUAUUGGCAUAAAAAUAUGGAUUGUCUUGCAGUUGAUGGUAGGAUGGUAAUUCUUUCUUCAAUGUCAGGUGCGGCUGUUAGCAAUGUUGAUUUAAGUCCAUUCCUUCGUAAAAGCAUUCGUGUCGAAGGUUCACGUCUAAGAUCCAGGCCACUCGAUUACCAAAUUAAUCUUAGGAACCUAUUUUACAAAAAUAUAUUUCCAUUAUUCACAACACCUGAAUCUCCUUUAAAAAUCAUAAUUGACAAAGUAUUUGAUUGGAAAAAAAUCUCUGAGGCGCAUAAAUAUCUAGAAAGUAACGUUAAUAUUGGUAAAGUUAUUAUAAAUGUUACUGAUUAA